UUUUUGUGGAAGUGCACCCUGGGAGCAGCCCCCUUGUGGGAGCAGCCCCCAGCAGGUGGCUCAGCUGGCUUUCCAGACGUACCUGUUCCCUACUUUUGCUGAGGUGUACUUUGUUCUGGCCCACACAAAGCCACGACUGGACCUAAUUUUCCUGUCCCUCAAGGAACUUGGGCCACUCAUUUGUUUUCUGGGGUGUUGUGGGUACAAGCAAGUGGAGCAAUAUAUGUCUUUUCACAAACUGCCUGCGGACUUCCGGCAGAAAAUCCACGACUACUACGAGCAUCGUUACCAAGGCAAGAUGUUUGACGAAGACAGCAUCUUGGAGGAACUCAACGAACCCCUCCGAGAGGAGAUAGUCAACUUCAAUUGCCGAAAGCUGGUGGCCUCUAUGCCACUCUUUGCCAACGCCGACCCCAACUUUGUGACAGCCAUGCUGACGAAGCUGAAGUUCGAGGUCUUCCAACCGGGCGACUACAUCAUCCGCGAAGGAACCAUCGGCAAAAAGAUGUAUUUCAUCCAACACGGCGUGGUCAGCGUCCUUACGAAGGGCAACAAAGAGAUGAAGCUGUCGGACGGCUCCUACUUUGGAGAGAUCUGCCUGCUGACCCGUGGCCGACGAACUGCGAGCGUCCGAGCCGACACCUACUGCCGUCUCUAUUCUCUGUCGGUGGACAACUUCAACGAGGUCCUGGAAGAGUACCCCAUGAUGAGGCGGGCUUUCGAAACGGUUGCCAUUGAUCGCCUCGACCGCAUAG